AUGGCGAACGCUGCUGACGCUCUCAUCAUUGGUGGUGGCCCCGCUGGGUUGACAGCUGCGCUCACGCUCGCUCGUCAACAACAGACCUCCUUUAUUUUCGACGCCGGGACAUAUAGAAAUGACCCAGCCGAUUUCAUGCACCUGAUUCCGGGAUUUGACCAUGUCAAGCCUUCAGACUUCCGUAGCAAGGCAAACGACAAUCUUGCUGCCAAUUAUCCAGAGCAGAUCGCCAUUCAUCGGACCACCGUUGUCAAAGUCCAGAAAGACGCCUCGACCAGUGAAAUCACUCUCACGGACCAUAGUGGCACGCUCUGGACAGGGAAGAAGCUUAUUCUGGCAGUUGGAGUUGAGGAUAUCUUCCCUGCCAUCGACGGCUAUGCCGAAUGCUGGGGGAAGGGGAUAUUCCACUGCCUGUUCUGCAAAGGCUUUGAAGAGCGAGGAUGCAACUCCGCUGGGGUACUCGCCAUCGGCGGACUGUCCAAAGCCCCGUUGGCUUUGCACGUCGCUCGACAAGCCGCUGCGCUCAGUCGCAAUGUCACCAUCUACACGAAUGGCGGUGAGGAUGUUGCCAGAGACGUAAGUGCAGGAAUAGGCACUACAGCGGUCAUGACGGUGGAUGAUCGCAAGAUAGUGCGAUUGGAGAAACAGCCGGACAAGUCAGCAGCAGCUGUACGCCUGAUAUUCGAGGACGGAAGUGAGAAACUGGAGGGGUUUUUGGCUCACACUCCUCAAACAAAGCCUCGUGGGCCUUUCGUCGAGCAGCUUGGAUUGGAGCAGACUCCCAGUUGCGACAUCAAAGCAGGGCCUCCCUUCUUCGAGACAAGCGUCAAGGGGGUCUUUGCGGCUGGGGAUAGCUGUGGCAUGAUGAAAAAUAUAUGUGCCGAAGAUACUACCCGUAUACUCCCUCAAAUACACCGUACCGCGCCGCCCGUCCUUUCUACAACGCCCCCGGUCGUCGAAAUGCUUGCAAAAUCAACCAUGUCAGCUUCCAAGGAAUCCCACGAGAGCGGAAUGCACUCCCUCUUUGCCAUGAUCUGUAGCCAUUCCCGCGAUAGGCCGGAAUCAAUCGCUUGUUCACAAGGCGAACGGUCGAUGACCUAUAGAGAGUUGGAGACGGCUUCUCUAUCCUUGGCCGCCUUUUUCCACGCUCGUGGCGUACAAGGUGGCCAUACAGUUCCCAUCUGUUUGUCCAGGACUCUAGAGAGCGUGGCCUCAGUGAUUGCACUGCUAAGGCUGGGGGCAUGCUUUGUGCCUAUCGACGCCGAAUCGUGGAGCCAGGCAAGAGUCGAUUCGGUACUGCAGGUUGUUGAGCCCAAACUCGUCAUCGUUUCUCAUUCGACGAAGCUCAACCUGGACAAAGUCCCCCAAAUCACGGCACACGAGGUACAGCGCGUCUACAACGGCGACAUUGCAGAGUUUGGUUUCAGUUCGGUCGAUAUCCUUGUAGAUGGUAGCCGGAGCGUGGAAGAGCCGGUAUACAUAAUCUUCACCUCUGGCACAACCGGCAUUCCCAAAGGAGUGAUUAUUCCUCGACGGUGUGUCGAGUAUUAUGUUCGGCAAGAGAGCAGCCAGGGAAUGCCCUUCAACCUGGGCCUCUGCCCGGAGGAUACCGUGUUGCUCUUGUUCUCACUUGCAUUUGACGCGGCCUGGGGCGUUUUUUUCAGUACUCUGUGUAAAGGCGCACACCUUGUUCUCUCAGAGCCUGAAAAUGUUCUCCAAAAUGCAACAAAAUGCACCAUACUGCCAGCAACACCAUCGCUUUUAGGAACCCUCGGCAGUCCCGAAGCGUAUAACAAUAUUAAGUCCAUCUUCCUAGGUGGCGAGUCACCAAGUCCAGGGCUAUUGCAGAAGUGGUGGCGUCCACAACGACGAAUCUUCAACUGCUACGGCCCAACUGAGGCAACAAUUUGUACAAGCAUGGCGGAGCUGAAACCCAGCGUCCCAAUUACACUGGGGCACCCAAUCCCCGGCACGGAGCUCCUAAUUUUGAACGACCUCUUGGAAGAAUCGACCGAAGGAGAGCUGUACAUCAGUGGACCUUGCCUUGCCUCCGGGUACUUCAAGAACCACAAGCUAACCAGCGAGAGAUUUAUUUCCCGACAAGGCACACGCGUAUAUCGGACCCUUGACCGUGUUCGUAGGAUUUCUGAGGGGAUCGUGUUCUGUGGCCGACAAGACAGUGUGGUGAAGAAUAGGGGAUACCUAGUCAACCUCGAGAUGGAUGUUCUUCCGAUUCUGCUGUCAUACCCCGGCGUUGAAGCGGCCACUGCAUUCAAGCAUCAAGACAAGCUGGUAGCAGCUGUGACUCCUGAUACUAUUAGCGUCAAAGAGAUGAGAUACCGAUUGUCGCAGUUGCAUGAUCCCUUCGUGGUGCCAGACCAGAUUCUAGCGUACCGUGAACUCCAUAAAACCUCAAAUGGAAAGAUCGAUGCCAACAAACUGAAAGAUCAAAUCAGCUCGCAGCAAAUGGCAGGUUCAUGCAAUACUCACGGCACUCAGGCCACAAUUCUGCAAGAGGCUGUAUGUCACGCCUUGAAUCUGGAUAUCAGUUCCAUCUCGAUGAACUUCAGUUUUUGGGAGCUGGGCGGAAACUCUCUGCUAGCCAUCAAACUGCUUUCCUAUCUGCGAGAAAGGAAUCAAACUCUUCAAUUACAAGACAUUUUCGAGUCACCUUCUUUGCUCGAUUUGUCGGAGAGACUGAAUAGAUGUCCGCCGGAACUUGUCGAUCAAGAAGACAAAGUCGUGCAAUCAUCUCAAGAAGACAGCUCAAUUUCAGCUGCAAUUACAGCAACUCAGAACGGCAUGAUACGGUCUUCUAUCCAGAGAUCACCAACCAGCUAUAUGGUAGUGUCCAUUGAUUUUCCCUGGAGCUCUGACGCAGGCCACGGUCAGCAUAUACGAGAUGUUUGGGGUCACGUCUUGAGAAGACAUAGCAUCUUUCAUACCUCGUUUGAUUUGAUUGAGGGUCUGCAGAUCCUAGAUUCCGAGUCCCACCGCCACCACGACUGGAAGGAAUCGAUACUGCGAAGUGACAGCAUGUGCAAGGCCAAGGAUAUUGCUAUUUCACGCUUGCUGGCGUCAACUCGAGUUGAACACGAUAGUCACAUAUUUAGGCCAGUGAACUCGUUCCGCCUGAUCAUCGAUGAGACGCGAUUGCGAGCUAAUCUCUUGUGGCUUAUUCAUCACAGUCUCAUAGACGGAUAUUCAAUGGGUCUUGUCAUUCAAGAAGUAAGAGCCGUUCUCAGGGGGGAGACCCUGUCUAAUGAUCCACCACAAUUCUUCACUAUUGCAAGCCAAGUAUCACGAGUCGCGGAUCAGACAGGCAAGUCAGGCCGAAGGUUCUGGCAAGAAGCCCUAAACAGAAUUCCGAAUGCCACUCCGCUAACCCUACCAAAGCCGACGCUUCAAGAGUCACUUGAGGAGACACAGCUUGGAGAAGUGCGUGCUAUUGUUGACCUCCCCUUAUCCAGAGUUGAUCGGAUCUGCCGCGUCCAAGGGGUAACGUCGGCCUCAAUGAUAUACGCUGCCUGGGCUCUGCUAUUGAGCUCCUACACCUCUCAAGAACAUGUGUUGUUUGGGACCGUAUUUUCAGGACGACAUAUACCCGUGUCUGGCAUUGACAAAGUGGUAGGCCCUGUGCUAAAUAGUUGUCCUCUUCCAGUGGACCUGUCUGGAUCGACCACCAAGGCCCAGCUGCUGCUCGACAUGCAUAGUUUAUUACUUCGCGUGAGUUCUCAUCAAUGGUCGGCAGCUGAGGCAUUGCAACAAUUAAUGCCAGGAAGUGUUGCCAGGGCUUUCGAAACAAUGUUGUUUCUCGAAUAUGAUCUUUACGAUUUCCCAGAAGACGAUGAAUGGCACUUUGCUCGCACUGAUGCUCCGGAAUUCGAGCUUACUGUUCUGAUUGCACAGGAAAACAAUUGUCUCAACUUCCGCGCGCUCUUUGAUCAGUCCAAGUACACUCGACCAGUGAUCCAGCGUAUGAUGAACCACUUUCGCAAUCUGUUCCUCGGACUGCUCGACCACAAAUGUGACUCCGUCGCCGACGUGCGUGACAAGAUGUUGGAUGCUUGCGAGUCACUGGCCUUAACUACCAACGCUGCAACACUGAUGGCUCCGUAUACUGGCCCGUCCAAUCUCAAAGCUCUCUUUGAGAAUGGCGUGGAUAGAUGGCCGGAUGCAGUGGCAGUUGAAGCUGGAGAUCGCCAAGUCGCGUAUAGGGAGCUGGACCGGCUGACAAACUACGUGGCCAGUGCAGUGGCAGCUCAUGUGCGUCCUGGAAGUGCAGUCGCCGUACUGAGUGACCGCAGCUUAGGUUGGAUCAUUUCUGUGCUCGCAGUCAUCAAGGCUGGUGCGGCAUACGUGCCUCUAGACACAAGUUUGCCCAUUGAGCGUAUGAAGAUUAUGACUAGCACUUCCGAGGCUCAGCUGGUAAUCUUUCCCGAUGACAGAUUCACCGCUUGUUUCGACGGGCAAAAGCUGGUCUUGGGUGAUAUCCUGGCUGGUAUCGGUGAUAGAAUAUGCCCAAGGCAAUCGACGGCACCGAGGCCGGAAGAUGUCGCGUAUAUCACUUUCACCUCUGGGUCGACUGGCGUGCCCAAAGGUGUUCGCAUCAAGCAUCAGUCCGUCGUGUCAUACCUGGCUCACGGACCAGCUCGAAUGGAUGCUAGGCCAGGAAGACGACACGCGCAAAUGUUUUCUCCUGGAUUUGAUGUAAACCAGGCCGAGAUCUUCGGCACUCUUUGCUAUGGAGCUACCCUAGUUCUUGUUGACCCUCUCGAUCCCUUUGCGCAUCUGUCACGGGUUAAUGCAACUAUGAUCACGCCUUCUUUUCUUUCAGUCUGUGAACCAGAGGAUUAUCCAAACCUCGACACAAUCCUUUUCGCCGGCGAGAGUGUUCCGCAGGCACUUGCGGAUCGUUGGGCUGGCAGUAGGACUGUUUAUAACUCCUAUGGACCGUGUGAAUGCACCAUUGGAUGCUUGUUUAAGCAACUUCGGCCAUACGAAGAAGUGACGCUGGGCCAGAGCAUUGACCGCGUCGGAGUCUACAUUCUGGAUUCUCACAACCGCCCAGUGCCAGUUGGAUUACCGGGCGAAAUCUGCCUCAGUGGAAUCCAAAUAGCCGACGGAUAUAUUGGGCCUGAUCUUGAGAUUCUGUCACAGGCUCGGUUUGUAGCAGAUCCGUUUGUCCACGGACAGCGCAUGUAUCGCACGGGCGAUUGCGCCGUCUGGACUGAAGACAGUGAGCCGAAGUUUCUAGGUCGAUUCGACCACCAAGUCAAGGUCAGAGGGUAUCGGGUCGAACUGAUCGAGAUUGAAAAUGUCAUUCGACUGGUGGCUUCAGACGUUCGGCGUGCCGCAGCCAUCGUGAACAACGACAAUAUCAUUGCCUUUGUAGAACCAGACACAGUGGACAUUCGAGCAAUUGAUAAGGCAAUGCGAAGCAAACUGCCAGCCUACACAUGUCCGUCAAUGAUUGUGGCCCUAGAAAAUUUACCAACGAUGCCAAAUCAAAAGCUAGAUCGGCAAGCACUUCACUCAAAGGUUGGUUUGACGUCCGAAAAAGCUCACAGGCCGCUGACCAAGAUCCAAUCCCUUCUGGCGGAGGCAUGGCGAGAAGCACUUGGCCUGAGCAAGAGCGUUGGGAUCAACGCUGACACCGACUUCAUGGAGCUCGGGGGAAAUUCUCUUUCCCAAGUCAAGCUCGCUCAAAUUGUCAGCCGCAUGUUGGGCGACAAAAUACCCUUGAAAAUCUUUAUCUGGAACCCAACUCUGGGUGCCUUGGGAGACAAAAUCGAGGACUGGCAGGAUAAACCAGCAAGUUCGUCCCAUGCGACGGCUUUUAAUAAAGCAUGGAAAACAAUACAGGGCCCAUUUACGCGUGUUUCUCAUCUUGAGGAAGAGUUUUUCCACCUGUCUUCUCUUCAUCCCAGUCAGACAUACAAUGUCGCUAUCAAGUUGCAGCUGACGGGGUCCGUAGAUAUGAAGAGCCUAGAGAAUGCCAUUGACAUUGUAACAUCUCGUGAGGCAAUCCUCAGAAGCCGCUUCUACAUUAGUGACGGCCAGCUUCUCCGAGGCCAGUCCUCCAUUGCACUGGAAGUCACAAAGACGGAUAUGAAGGAAUGGGAGGUGCAAACGUUCAUCAAUCGACCAUUUGAUCUGUCAACCGGUCCAAUGACAAGGAUUAACCUGUCCCAACAUGGCGAGCAGACUGGCAUCAUACUCGUUCAGCAUCAUGCAAUCACGGACAAGACCGGAAUCAAAAUAUUUUUGAACAGUAUUCGGCAGGAAUAUCUGAAACUACUGGGGAGCAGUUCUCCGGGGACUGAGAAGCCCCUAUCACCGGAAUCACCAGAUUACACUGUUUGGGCCCAAUGGAAGGCUGGCCAGCCGCAAUUGUGUGCUCAAGACUCGAACGCAGCAUACUGGAAGUCUCAGCUGUCCGAGCUCCCAGUACCAGCAUGGAAGACGCUUGACCCCAGUAGGAAAACGUUUGAUGGUCGCUCCGAAACUUUCACAUUGAAACGGAGCCUCCGCUGGAACAGCUGCUUAGAGUUGUACAUGGCGGUCGUUGCAAUAGCCCUAUCAAAAGUCCAGCCAGUCGCCAACGAUGUAUUGAUAGGAAUACCGCAUAUCGAUCGCACCGAGCCAGGGACUGAGGACAUGCUUGGUGUGUUUCUAGACCGGCUACCAGUUCGAAUGAAGGUAGCACCAAUCGAGUCCCUCGAGGACUUUCGAGCAUACAUCGAAUCUGCGCGAACCUCGACCAGAAAUGCUCUGGCACAUGCAAUGCCGCUAAAGGAUAUUCGAACUCUAGUGGGAGCAGAUGAGCUUUUCCCUGUGAUGCUGGUGCAUAACAGUCUGGAUGAUUCAAUAGCACAGUCAUUCCAGUUGCCUGGAGUUACCGUUGAUGAUGUUGCGCUUAAGCCUACAGGAGCCAAGUUCCCUUUGUUGAUUGAAUUCACCGAGGGCAAGAAUUGUACUACGUGCGAUUUUGAGUACAUGGAAAACAUUGUCAGUCCAGCAACAGCUGGUGCGCUCCGUCUUUACAUACAACGUAUAAUGUCGAGCUUUGGUUGA